AAAACCCUCGAAUUUCAAUUUCGAAUUGAAUUUGGUCUGCACUCUCUUCUCACCGACGGCGAUGAGCCGUCGGAAUCUACUGGUUCCAUGUCGCCCAACCAAAACCCAUUACGACCCACCUCUUGAAACAAGCCAUGGUGGAGAUACUACCGCUCGGCCGGUUUCAGUUGCACCAGCAGAGCGGAAUGCUGUGGGGGUUAGAUUCUCGUUCUUCAGGGGGGCGGGUUCGGGUCGACCCAUGCCGAGGUUGCGGCCCGUUGCGUUCAAUUUGACUGAUUUUGGGGGAGUUGGAGAUGGGGUGACGCUUAACACGGAGGCGUUUGAGAGGGCGGUGUCGGCAAUUUCAAAGCUUGGGAAGAGAGGCGGCGGACAGCUCAAUGUGCCACCCAGGAAGUGGCUUACGGCGCCCUUUAAUCUCACUAGUCAUUUGACUCUGUUUUUAGCUGAGAAUGCUGAAAUUCUUGGAAUUGAGGACAAUCUAAACUCGAAAUCUAUACCCAAUUGCAAUAGCUAGCCAAUUUGCUCGUCACUCCCCUUGAUUUCCGUGUCUCGAGUCAUACUACCUGAAAUGGUGGACAAGGAAAAACUAUGAGAUACAAUAUCUCAAUAAGUAAAUGUAUGGAUAGCCCGUGGAUAAAAUUUGAGCAUUUCAGAUAAACAGUUUAAACAUAAACGAAAUGCUCAAUGAUAACCAUUAUGCAGAAUAAAGUUCAGUAGUAGUCAAUUAAACUUAUAGCAUGCCAACAAGUGUAAUCAGAAAACGGAUACAAGUACGGGAACGAAAUAGACGUCUCCUCUAUGGGUCAUGGCCAGUGUUUAAAACUCCCACUGGCAGGCAACAGGAAUUACUAGUGUUUAACUCCCACUAGCAGGAUUACAGGAAUGAACCAGUUCUAUCAGG